AUGACAGUCCACCUUGAGGUAUUGGAUCUUUGGGAGGCUAUAGAAGAAGAUUAUGAUGUUCCACUGCAACCAGCAAAUCCAACGGUGGCACAAAUGAAGAAUCAUAAGGAUAGAAAAACAAGGAAGUCAAAGGCUAAAGCAUAUCUUUUCUCUGCCGUUUCAAGCACCAUAUUUACCAGGAUCAUGAAUCUGGAAUCAGCCAAAGACAUAUGGGACUAUCUCAAGAAAGAGUACCAGGGCAAUGAAAGAACCAAGAAUAUGCAAGUGCUCAACCUAAUCAAAGCGUUCGAGAUGGUGAAUAUGAAGGAGUCAGAAACGAUUAAAGACUACUCUGACAAACUGCUAGGCAUUGUUAACAAGGUGAGACUGCUCGGUAAGGACUUUUCUGAUGAGAGAAUCGUCCAAAAAAUUCUUGUCACUUUGCCUGAGAAAUAUGAGUCUAAAAUAUCUUCUUUGGAAGAGUCUAAAGAUCUGUCAAGCAUAUCCUUGGCAGAGUUAGUUAAUGCUUUGCAGGCUCUAGAGCAAAGAAGAAUGAUAAGGAAAGAAGAAACUGUAGAAUGUGCUUUCAAAGCCAAAUCAAAAAAUUCUAGAGGAGGAAAAGACAAGAAAAUUAUGGAGAAGAGCAGCAAGUUUAGCAAAGCCAACAAAAAUGAUGCAAGUUCACCUUGCCCAUAUUGCAAGAAGUUGAACCAUAUGCCAAAAAGGUAUUGGUGGAGGCCGGAUAUCAAGUGUAGAAAGUGUGGCAAUAUGGGACACAUGGAGAGGGUCUGCAAAUCGCAACAGUUCGAAACAGCAGGAGUGUCCACAGAACAACAAGAGGAAGAACAACUCUUCGUGGCUACGUGGUUUGCUACCAACAACAGCUCAAGUGCCACCGUUGGAUUUGCUAGUAGCAGUGGAACAUCAUAA